AUGUGUAUUCGGCCUUACUUUAUCUCCGCCUUCAGAGAAACACAUCUUCCUUUGACAGCCCUCACCCCUGGCUUUGAUGGGGCAUCUUUUCCCAUCUACCAUUUCUUCAACUCUCUCUGCCCAGCAGAGAAUCAUGCGACCAGCGUCCUCCUCUGGCUUCCCAUCGCCUGUCGAGGUCUCCGAGGAGGCUCCACGCCUCGGGAAGCUGUGAGUGCGGUAGCCCGGGGCGGUGCAGACGCCGCCGCUCCUAAAGGACGGCGCGGGCCGGGCCGAGGACACGCACCUCCGCACUGGGUCCCGCCCCGCACGGCAGCUCCCGGCGGGCACACGCGCACGCAGCCCGGCCGCGCAGGAGGACGGAGAGGCGGCGUCGGCUCGGAGCCCGCCUUCCCGUCCCGUGUGAGGGCGGCCACGCGAGCCCCUCUCAGCCGCCAGGAACCGCGCGCCGAGGGGAAACGGGGGCGCGUCCCCGCCGGGCGCGGGGCGGGGAGCCGUGCUCCCGGGGGCUUCAAGGUCAGACCGGAAGGGGUCGGCCGCCGCUCCGGCCCGCUCCUCACAGCCCUUCAACAACGCGCAGGCGCGAACGCGGGGCGGGAGGUCGGCAGCGCGCGCUCGUCCAGCCCCAGCUCACGCGCCCGCAGCCCUCCGCGGGCCCUUAGUUUCCUAGGCGACCGCCCUUCCCUGUUCAGCAGCCAGCGCGGCCAGCGCGCGCCCGCUGGUGGCCACUCGGGGAAGAGUCCGCCGAGGGCACGCCCUCCCCCACCCCAGCCCCGCGAUCUCCGCGGCGUUUUCCGUGCGCGCGCUCCUCGCCUGCCGCGGCGGCCCCCGGGAAGGCGGGUGCGUGCGGCGUGGGGGUCGCUCGGGUCCCCCUCGGGGAGAAGGAAUCCUCACCUUCAGCUUCUCCUUCCCCGUGCCCCGUUCCCGCCGGACAGCGAGCCUCCCCAAGCGAUUCUUUCCCCGUCUUGAACUCACCUUUGAAAAAAUACCACGUGUUGGUUUUUUGGAUCCAUGCUGUGUUGUAUUAAUAGCACAUGAAAACCUUAGAACGGAAGGAGCUAAUAAAAAUACUAAUUA